UUUUCAUAUUAAAAAAUAAAUAAAUAUUUAUUUCCAUCGUCUUCUUCCUUGAAAAAUCACGCGUUUUGAAUCUCUCUCUUUAUAAAAACCCCAUUCGAGAAAAGAUCGAAUUUUUAUCCAACAAUGGCGUCUUCAUCUCCACCAGUGCUUCCGAUCUCAAAUUCUCAGCCUCCAGUUGUCGCUGUUUCUUCCGCUUCCAGUGGUGGUUCGGCUCAAUCUCAAGCACCGAUCUCAACCCCUGCUGUCCGUACAUUCAUAAACCACAUUUCCGAAAAUGUUCGCAACGGACUCUCUCAGCGUAGGCCGUGGGCGGAGCUUUUCGAUCGGUCUGCUUUCGCCAAGCCGGAAUCGGUCUCCGAUGCUACUCUACGAAUCCGCAAGAACUACUCUUACUUCCGAGUCAAUUACAUGGCUGUCGUAGCUGGUAUCCUCGCCGUGUCUUUGCUUACAAAUCCGAUGUCCUUGCUUGUUCUUCUCGGUCUCCUCUGUUCUUGGCUUUUUCUUUACCUAUUUCGUCCAUCGGAUCAGCCUCUCGUCCUCUUUGGCCGUACAUUUUCUGAUACCCAGACUCUCUGGGGUUUGAUCGGGCUCAGCGUCUUCGUCGUUUUCCUCACCAGUGUCGGAUCCCUCCUGAUCUCUGCUCUCAUGAUCGGAUUCGCUGUAGUUUUCGCUCACGGUGCAUUUAGGGUUCCCGAGGAUCUUUUCUUGGAUGAACAGGAGAAUAAUCCAGCUACUGGAUUUCUAUCUUUCCUUAGCGGAGCCGCAUCUAAUGCCGCAGCCGCCGCUGGUCCUGCCGUCGUUGCAGCUCGGGUCUGAGAAGACCGCGUUUGGGUAAUACGUAUAUAGAAAAUUUCGUUUCACUGUUCAUUUUAAAAAGAAUUUAACUUUUGGUAGAAACAAUAAAGUUAAAAUUAUAGUAAUGGAUUUUGUAUGGAUCUAUGUUAUACAAGUUCGGAACUUUUUGAAUCUGGAUCUAGUUUUUUCCUUUCUUUUAUGGAUUUGAUAAUAUGAUACAUUUCAUUUGUAA